UACAAACAGUUUAUUCAUAAUGUAAAAGCAUUAACUUCCACCAGUACUUAUUAAAUAUGGGUAAAUUCUAGUUGUAAACAUCUCUUUCUCACGGCAGGAGUUUUCCUGUGCUGUUGGUUAUGGAUGAAGUGUGGAGUAUCAGCUCUGCGUUUUUGUAUUGUGUUUUUUCUAAUUCUUUUAAAAUGUUACCACUAAGCUUCUUUAAUGUUAGUUUUGUAACAGUCUUAUUAAUUCAGGAGAUGACCUGUUUGAACCUGCCUCGUGUUUUGUUAAUCUGUAAUGAAUCUUAACAUGCAUGACUGGCCCAAUUAGUGAACCAUGUUUUCAUGAAGCAUAAAUACUCUGACAAGUGACAGCUUAUUGUACUCCAAGCUGACAUUUUUAACAGAAAAGUCCAAUGCGUUUCUGAGGAUGAAUUGUAUUUUGGCUCUUGUUAGUUUUCUUCUGCUGAUUUUCCUGGAAGUAGCCCAGUCUUGUCCUCCAAUCUGUAAAUACUGCUCCACAGGGCUAGCAGAAUGUGAGCAUGUCUCGUCGCUUCAGGAAGUCUUACCAGGUUUGCCAAACUCCACAGAGAAAAUACUCUUACGGCACGGAAACCUCAGCAAGAUACUGCCACUGUCUUUUCAGAACUUCCCCAGGCUUCAUUUGCUCUCCAUAACUGGAUUUCUGUUCUCUUCACUUCCAAACCUGACCUUUGGCGCAAAGGAUGUCAGCAGCCUGAGGAGUUUGGAUCUCAGCAGUAACUGCCUGCUGAGCUGUGGGAUUGAGCCUUUGGCUUUCUCUGGCUUGGGAAUCCUCGAGGAGUUGAUUCUUACAAACAAUGCCUUGGAUACGCUGAAAAGUUCUUGGUUCUUAGAGAUGGCUCUGCUCACCAAACUCCUCCUUUCUGACAACAAAAUUACAUAUCUUCCUCCAAGGACUUUUGAGAAUUUGACUAAGCUGAACGAACUCAUUGUGUCUUCCAAUUUCAUUCAGUAUCUUUCCAUGGACACGUUUUAUGGGCUAGCAUCAUUGACCAAACUGGACUUAUCAAGCAAUGAAAUCCUGUUUAUUAAUAAUGAUGUUUUCCAGCCUUUGCAGGCCCUGACGCAUCUGUGGUUGUUUAAGAAUAAGCUGACUGCGCUGGCCAGCAUUCCAGACUCUCUUACCUCCUUGUCUCUUAAUGAAAAUCCUUGGAUCUGUGACUGUCCUCUGGUGAGCUCCAUGCAGUUACUGAAAGACAAAGUUCAGACACCCAAUGGCCUGGUUUGCAAUAGUCCGCCGAGCCUGAGGGGACGCCAUAUGUUGAGUGUCGGGCCUGAAGUCUGUGCUUAUCCAACUCAUGCAGGAAAUCUACCACAGGAAAGCACUUCAAAAUUGAACUCGCUGUAUGGCUUCACAGGAGGACUUUUCUUUAGUUUCAUCAUGUGCCUGAUAGUCUAUUUCAUCACAAAACACUGGAAAUAUAGCAGAGUUACUAAUCAGGCAGAGGAUGGACCCGUCUUACAGAAGGACUCUGUGAAAGAGUUCCCAAGAAGCGUGACCGAUGUCCCUUCAGUAUCCCCACUUCCCCAUAACUGUGUGAUAAAAGCAAAUAGGACAAGGGGCUUUCAGAAGGAAAGUGAAGCAGACACAAUAGAAAAAGCACUGUGUGACCAUUUGAAGAACAUGUUCCAAUCCAGCAGAGAACAUUCAGAAACAAGCUCCCCAGUGAAGAUGCCUGGAGUGGCCUUGCUGCCGACUCACAGUCCCACAAGUAAACAGAUCAUGACGAUCUGUAAAGAUGGAAUGGAAAUUGGAAGAUUAACUGACCAUCCAGACAAAGCCACAAGCCCAGCACUCCCGCAAGUGGGCAACAAAAAUGUGGAGAGAGCCGCUGAAAUUCCCAGAUGUGUCAGUGCACCAGGCUUAUUUCCUAAUGUGGAGAAACAACCUUCUCCAAAAAGGGACCUUGGUUUGCAUUUCUCAUCGUCGAGCCAUGAAAAAACAAUCCCGAUGAGGGAGUGGAUGGAGAAUGGGGAACCUGCCUUGGUGAAAUAUUUUGAAACCCAGUGGGAAGAGCGGGCUUUGAGUCCCGUUACCUGGCUUUCUGGUUCUCAAUGUUCCCGGACUUUGGUAAAUGUAGUUUCUCCAGCAGGAAGUGCUACACAUAUACAAACAGGCAGAGACCGAAUUCAUACCACCUCUAACAAGAGAAGUAAAUCCUGGAGCCCCUUUCACUUCAACAUCUCCAGUCAUUUAACAGAGGCUCAUGAAGAUGGUGCAUCUAGAAGAAAUGCUGAGAAUGGAUUUGAGGCCAACUUGGUGCAUUCAAGAAGAGACAAAGACUGCGAGACUUUAUGUCAAGAACAUUUUAUAAAGAGUGAGUCCACAGAUACUACUGAGGACAGAUCCAAAGAUAAAGGAAUAAAAGAACCAGACUUGCAGAAAGACAUCUAUCUUAACAACCGUUGCAUUGCACAAAGUGAAAGCAACUAUCAGAGAGAGACUACGAACACAGGGGAUGUCAACCUCACUCCAGAACCUGAAGCACCAGCCAACUCCCCACUUUCAGAUUUAGCCAGCCCUAGAGAACAUGCUGGUGCCAGCAACCCAGAUAAUAAAGGCAUCAAGCCUGCAGUGGAGGGAAAAUUAGUUAGCCCCUUUCUUGGGAAAGAAGGUAUCCAUCCCCCAUCUUUCUGUAAUAAUGAUGGAUUGGGAGAAGAGAGGCCCAGCUGUAGAACACCCAGGAGUGAGAAACCUGACAAAGAAUCUUCCUUAAAGAAUAAUAAAUUGACAAAAGAGAGAUUUUGGAAAUACCAUACGAAUUGCUGCAAUGAAUUCCAGCCCUGCCCAAUUGCUCAGAAAGUAUUAAAGGAGCUGAAGACUACACUUCUGACUUCGAGAGAGCAGUUAGAUCUGUCCACGCAGGCUCCCCCCUCUGACAUGGAUCUACUGAAAGAACAAGAAGUGACCACAACUUGCCUUGUCCAGUGUAUAAACAGUGAGACGCCACUAACAAACAAAUGGGAAAAGGGAAACUAUAGCACUUUGCCAGACGUACACGCCUCCUUUGCUCCUGAUGGAAUUUGCCAUCAAGAGUUACCUGGAGAUGACAGUAAAAUUUCUUGUGGGCUUCCUCAGACAAUAACUCUGCAGCUGGGCCAACAAACCAGUAUAUCUCACCAAGAAGCUGGUGCUGAAUGCCAGUCUCUAUGUAAGGCAAUUGUUGAACCCAUCAGUGAAUUUCAAGAGAGCACUGAGAAAUGCAUUGUAAAAGUUCAGAGCAGGAUGGUGGAUAGUUUGGAGCAACUGCCGUUAAGAAAUGCCUCUGUUGGUGCCAAUCAUCUCCCGUCCAGAAGAUGCGAGAAUACACAUAAUGAACAUGUUGCCCAGGACUGGAAGUCUUUGGAUGCAGAAACCGAUUCGGAUGCACUGACACAAACAUAUAAUACCAUCAAUGAGCAUUUAGCAGGAGGUGAAGAAGGUUGUGUUCCUGCAUCUCCAAGUAUUUUGGACAGAGAACUCUGCAAUGUUAAAUCUCUACAACUCAGCGCUAUGGCAUCUGUCUAUACUUGCCUCCCACUCAGUGCAGAUGAAAGCACUCCGGAUCCUGACUCUAUAACUUCCAGUCCGAAUAUUAGUAAAGUUUCUUUAUUGGACAUUCAUGAAGUUGAACAUAAAAGUGUAGCAGACAGGAAGUCCAACCGUUAUUUGUCAAAUGCGGUUAUUUCGGUGCAGAAAAUGCAAAUUUCUCCAAGUGAAGAGAAAAGUGUAGGCAGAUUGAGAGAUGAAAGUGCUGAUGCUGAAUUCAUGCUUAAUGAGAAUGAGGGAGCUCAGUUUAAUAUUGACGAGGAGAAAACAAAGGCAUUUCAAUCUGACUGUACUGAGCACAAUUCGUAUGAGUUAGUUACCGUUGUUAGCUCAAAUGACACAGACGACCAAAAGAAUAUUAGGGAGCUGUUAGCCCCAAGUGACAUUUUGAGGAUUGAAAAUAAUACCUGGCAUAAUACAGACAACAAUCCUUAUAAAAGCUGCUUGGAAAAUGCCCGCAGUUCUAUAGCAGCCGAUCGUAAUGAAUGUGACGAUGUUGGAUGCAAAAAGGAAACUGGCCAUGAAUAUCUCUACCAACCUGCGGCAUCAAAAGGGUGCAGAUCCUCUACAAAUCCUUCUCUUACUGUUUAUGAAAGUCAAGCAGAAGAAAUCAGUGUUGCAGGCUAUGAUGCUACUGUUUCUCACUCAGGCCAUGCCUCCAGGAAUACAGGAAUUCAGCAAUUCGCUUGUAAUAAAAAGGACAAGUGUCAGCUCCAAAAUAUACAGGUAAAUCCAAAAAUGGAGAAGGAACCAGAUAUGAAAUAUUCUAACUCUAAAUACCACAUGUUAGUGGCUGGCAACACAGAUGCCAAGCUUUGUGUGGCAGGAGACGACCCCUCUGCCGGUCCAUAUUUAGAAAGCAGACAGCCCCUGGAGAUUGGACUAUGUUCUAAGACCAUUUGUCUGCCAGAGCAAUCUCACAGGUCUCUUCUGCCACAAGGUUCUGCGCUUUCCGACCCAUGGAAGAAGGAAUUGGAGCAAAACUGGAGUGAAAGUCUAUCAGCAAAACAACUCAAGAAAACAUAUUGUUCUGUUUUCAGACUACCGACUGAAGGCUCAUCUUUUGGGAAGCUUUGCCAGAAUGUAGACUGCACCAUUGAGCCUCCUGAUCUGAGCAAGGGAACAUCCUCCACUACCUCACUGACACCAAAUCCGUGUUUAUUGGGACAAGAAACGGAAAUGCAUGCAAAUGGAGAGUCUUGGGCAUUCAACCCUCAGCUGAUGGAUAAAGCCACAUAUUUAAGUUGCCUUUAUAAUCCAAAGGCACCGAGGAAACAAGCAAAUGAACGAAGUGUACUUUCUAAUCUCCGCUAUUGUAAAAUUUCAGCAAAAGUAUCCUUUGGUGCGGAGGAGGAGGAAGGGAGGUCAGUGUCACAAAAAAAAGAAAAUGACCCAGACCAAUUAACGAGUGACCAUCAGUAUAAACCUCCAGCUAAAAAAGUAGUCCCCACAGAUAGCGACUGAUGUCAGUAUACUACCUGAUUUGAGGCACUAGACUUUGGUAGAGCUUUGCACAGCUAAAAUGCAAUCAACUUGUAAAAUGAAUGGGUUUGUUGUGUAAACGAGGACUGUCAAAAAUACCACUACUGUAUUGUGCUGUAGAGAUACACGUGAUACUUUUCUAUUACACAGUGAUCUUGUACAUCACUCUGGCUCUGAGUUUUCAGUCUCUUUCAUUCAGAAAUGUAAUUUCAAGAUACCCGUGUAUAUGAUUUUUGAUCUUGAACUAAUCAGAAGUGUUAAACGUCCCAUGAAAAACAUUCAGUGGCAUGCAAGUUUAGGCCUUACAUUUGAUGUACUCAGUGUAAUAAUGUACCUCAGCCAGGUGCAACCUGUUCAUAGAUGUUUUGGAAUUAACAAAGCUUACCUGCUUUAAAGGAGGAAAGACUCACAGAAUAUCAGGGUUGGAAGGGACCUCAGGAGGUCAUCUAGUCCAGCCUACUGCUCAAAGCAGGACCAAUCCCCAGACAAAUUUUUGCCCCAGAUCCUUAUAUGGCCCCCUCAAGGAUUGAAUUCACAACCCUGGGUUUAGCAGGCCAAUGUUCAAACCACUGAGCUAUCGUUCCCUAUGGGUAAUGCUUAAAGAUGAUGGUUUGUUUUUCUUAAUUUUUAAAUAUUUUUGGAAGCCUGUGAUUGUAAAUGUUUCCACCUAGGUUUUUUCCCUCUUCCAUUGUGGGUAGACAAUGUUUUGAAUGUUCUGGGAGAUGGACUUUUCUCUUGGUUUUUGAACAAACAAUGAGUGGUUUCUUUGGGUGACCGAGACUUUACAUACUGUAUGUAGGGGAAAAUAUAGGGCAAAUUGGGUUGGACCCUCUAACAUUGACGGUGCAAUGAAGCAUCUCCUUAUCAAAUGACGGGGGUGAAAUCUUUUUUCUGCAAGUAAGGAUAAGAUAUUGCCCUUUAUAGCCUUACUUUAAGGAUUUUAAUAUUGUUGGUAUUAGAUUGAUUUGGGCUGACAUUUGACUGGAACACAACAUUCAUACAAAACAUCGUUAAGUUAAGGGAGGGAGUUUUGAAAAGAUUUGAAUUUUUUUAAAAAAAAUCACAACAUAUAUCUCACAAUUUUAGAGUGCUGCAAAGUGGGCUUGGUCGCUUAUCUGAGCUUUGGGAUUUUGGAAGGAGAUUUUCAAUUGACUUCAAAAUUACAGCUCGCUUCCCCUUUCUAGCCCCGUCAAAAACAUCAGCUCGCUUCCCCUUUCUAGCCCCGUCAAAAACCUUUACAAAAGUGUAUGCUGUUGCUGCAUGCAGCUGUUUUAUUUUAACUUUAUUUUUUACAUACCAGUGUGAAGCAUCUUCACAUAUAUUUGUACAAAAAAAAAUCUCCAGUUGGCUGUCUACAGUGUAUUUCAAAACAUUUCACAAAAGAGGGUCCCAUAUGUGGAAAAACCUGGAAUUGCAAUAUGUAAUUGCUAAUAAAAAUGCAUGCACUUGCUGACCUGGAGGAGUGUGAAUUCCCUUCUGGGAAAUAUAGAUGUGACAAUUUUUUCAUACAUAUUUUUCACACUUGGAGUCAAAAGCGCUUUUUAAUAGGAAGUACAUACGCGCUGUACAAAUUUUUGGCUAUUCAAAUUUCCCUUUCAAUGUUGAUCUACAAAUGGAGUCCAUAUUUGCAGUAUAAAACAGUAAAUGGACAUAGACCAUGCAAGGAAUUAAUUUGUCAGUAAAUCUGUAAAUAUCAUUGCCAUCUCAUAUUUUGCUUAUUUCUGCAUUUCUCCCAGACUCACUGGUUUGUUUAAGCACAAACAUACUCUUCAGAAAGUAUGUGUUGUGGUGAUUUGCUAGAGAUUAGCCAAGCUAGUUCAAUCAACUUCAGAGACUCGUUCCUUCUCACUCAGUAACUUUUGGACAACUGAUGGGUAACCAAAAGUGCACAAAACUCAGAUCCUGCAGCAUGUCUGGCAAUAUUUUAGAUACCUGUGGUUACCACAGCAGUGAUGCUAUCCCCAGAAGUGCCUGCCUUCUGGAGUUCACGGCAUGUAGUGUUGAGAGUUCCUGUCUGUACCAUCUGACUCUUUUCUAUUCUAUUUUCUGAAAUAUCAAGUAACUAGACUUGCCCUACUCAGGCAAUUAUUCCUCAUCACUCCUGGCACAUUUCUUAGACCUGAGCUAUUGAGGAAAAGAAAAUUAACAAACUAUUCUUCUGAAGAUAUUUGUACUUUCCUGAAGACUGACAAUAUUACAACCUUCAUUCUAGGGUAAGAAAAUUCAUAACUGCUUUCUAUAUACAUAGGUUACUUAAUUCCUCAUUAAUCAUGCAGGCACCUUGCCCUGUUGUAUAGUAUUUUUAAAUGACGGCCUUUAUAUAAAAUUGUGCCUAUGGCUGCCAACAACAGAGCUCAGUACUGUACUUAUUGGCUGUUGGAUACGCUAUUUUUUCUUUCCUGAAUACUUAGUUUUGUCUUCUAAAUAAGAACAAAAAUGAAAAUAAACACCUGAAGCAAUUCUAUGUAACUGUGUUGUUUCAUGCCUCCGACACUGGUUUGUGGUCAAGACCACUGUCAGUCGGUACGUCAGUUUUAUAUGUACUGUAUGCCAUGGACCAUACUGCUGUUUCUUGCUUUCUGAACAACUGAAAAGCAUUUGGAGCAUUAAAACUACAUACAAAGGUGGGACUUUGCCCAUGAUCCCCUUCUAAAACAGCCUUUUAUAAGUGGACACAUAAUUUUCCCUUUGAUGCCUUAACGUUUUCAGGAGCAUUACAAAAAUAAAGUAUUUCAUUUUUACAUUAGUCUUGUAACCAAUUCUAAAGAAAUAGAAAAUUAAACCUUUGAUCUUAGAAUUUCAUCAGCUGUAGCUAAAUAUCUACAAGCGAUUUUUUUUACAUCUCAUUAGAUUUACCAUAAAUUUACACCAUAGAAAUUUGUAAGAUUUUAAUUUGUAAAAGCGUCAUUCUUUUGUAAAAUACAUGUAUAUAUUAAACAAAAUGAAGCAUUGUCAAAGUACCACAGAACACUGUUAAGGUUUUUGGUAUUCUAAUAAAUCAUGCAUAUUCUA